GAGAGAUCUAUCUUGGUAAACUUCAACUGCUAAUAGCACUUGUUCUUCAUUGGCAUUACCAGUAAUCUUAUUAGCUGGUAUAUUGUCCCUGAAACAUGGAUCAUGUGCACAGUUCACCAAACCCAGAAAUUCCAGUUGUCUGCCCUUUAAACCUGGUAUACCUGACUCUACUUCUUCUAGUUCAUAUCUCAGUUUUGCCGAUGUUGGUUCUAGUCUGUGAGAAACAGGUUUGAUUUUCUCACCAUCUGCCAGAUUAGUACCUGAUAUAUCUAAUGAUAUUAGGUUUGGUAAAUUUGUGACUAGGGUAGUCAAUGUUCUAGUAGGUUCAUUAUAUUUCAGUGGUACUAUAAUAUCAUUACUAACUGAUAUAUCUAAAUGUCUUAAUGUUUUUAUCUUGGUAAUAAAGUCCACGAAAUAUUUAUUUUCUGUACGUAUCACAUUAUUCAAUAUCAAAGACACAAGAUGAGAAAGGUUUUUCAACUGUCUCACAUUAUCAUAACUUAAUAUACAGUCUGAUAAAUCUAAACAUGUUAGUUGCGUCAUCUGAGAUAAAACAUGUUUAAAAUCAAAUUCAAGUAUAUUCCGACAGUCCACAUCAUGAAUAGACAGUGUACGUAGGUUUGUACAUUCUAAUACAGUUUCCACCUGCGCAUUUGUGUUAGAAUCACUUUCAUACAGUUCAUCACUUUGUAAGAUGGUGCAGCCUUCAAUCUUGAGAGAUUUCAGUGUGUGUUUCAAAUGGUUGAUAGUAUGAAAUGAAUUAUGUGUUAAACUAUGACAAUUAGUUAAUUCUAAUUCCACAAUAGGCUGAUUAACCAAAGUUUUUAACUGAUCAUCAUUGAUCUUAGAAUCUCUCAAACAUAAUGUACUAAUCUGUGUUCUUUCUCUGUUUGAAAAUAUGGGUAGUUUAUCUAGAUAGCCUUCAUAUUUUGUACUUAUUAAUGUUUUUACCAGUUUAUCACAUAAUGAUUUGGGCAAAAUAAUAGAUGGAUGCAGAAUAAACUCUUCCUUGUCCACAUCUUUGUAUGCUAAUGUUUCAAUAUUCUGAAUGCAAAAAUUAACACAAAUAUCUUCCAGUUUGUCUGGACUAUUCAUUGGCCAACCCCCUGUCAUUUUUACCAUUUAUUCCAACCAACAAUGUCUUAGCGGUUCUUUUUUGUCGGUAAAACAAUAGAUGAUUGACUGACAUAUGAACUUUUAAAGUCCAAAUCCAAGACAUUUAACAUUUUAGAUAAAUGAAUGAUCCCAAUAGACCUUGACCUUGAGGAAUAUCAGGAUCAUUGCGUCCAAUCCACUGGGUCCACUCACUGCAAGAUCAUUUUUCUGAUAUUUUUUUACUUAUUGUAGUCAUAACAUAUUGUAUGCGUAAAAGCAAAGAACUGUAUACAGUUUUAUGGAAAUCUGAAAUGUGCAUAUUGUUUCUAUAUGUAAAUAAUGAAUACCAACCAGAUGAGUUUCAACUAAUAUUAGUAAAUAAUAGAGAUGAAACAUGGGACAGACCAACAAAACUUGCUGAUUUCUGGUCCACUAACAAAGACUGUAUUUCAGGUUUAGAUAAUGAGCCUGGUAAAGAAGGUGGAACCUGGUUAGGUCUAAAUAAAAAUGGUCGAAUAGGAAUCUUGUUAAAUAUACCAAAUAAUUUUCGUGAAAAUAUGAAAGGGAGAGGAUACCUUGUAAGUAAUUAUUUAACAUCACAAGACAGUCCGAAGUCCUUCAUUAAAAAUAUUGAAGACAUGAAAUCAGACUACAAUGGAUUUCAUCUAGCUUUACUACAUAAAAGCAAUGGUAAAUUUGAUAUGGAAUAUUUAACAAAUGGAAGUGGAAAUGCUCAGUUAUCUAAAAUUAAUAAAGGUCAGUAUACAUGUAUUGGUAAUAGUUAUUAUGAUAAACCAUGGAAAAAGAUUAUAGAUGGCAGAGAACCAUUCCAAAAUAUCAUUCACAAAUAUUCAAAUCAUAAAGACAAAUUGAUAGAUGAAUUAUUGAACUUUAUGUUUGAUAAAAAACAGUAUUAUCCAGAUGAUGUUUUAUAUAAUCAAACUAAAAAUAUUUAUGCAAGAGAUUAUAUAGAACAAUUAGCUUGUAGAUAUGUAUGGUUGCCAAAAUAUAAAUAUGGCACAAGGACAACCACUAUUGUAUUAAUUGAUGGUCAGGGAUGUUGUGAUUACAUUGAAAAAACUCUUGUUACUCCAGUUGAUGUUGAAAAUCCACAAUUUACUACUAAGUCAUUCCAUUUUCAACUCUCAAAUACAAUUUAAGAUGUUAUCUUUGAGUUUUAUAUGCCUUAUAUCGAUUGAAGAUGACAAGGCUUCAUGUUGUGCAUCUAAACAAUAUCAAGCUAUUAAGAACUUUGCAUUUCUUUGACAGUAAGAAUGUUAUGUAAUUGUUUUGAAUUUAAUGUUGUAUUUUUUUUACUAUAUACAUGUACUAGUUAUAAUUUAUGAAUGCUAUAAUUUAUGAAUGUUAUGGAUUACUUAUGUGAUUGUGUCAUAUGAAAAUAUAUUGAUAAACUAUCAAUAAUCUUU